CUCUCAGUAUUCUGGUUCUCCUUUAGUACGUUCAGUCAUGUAGCAUGUUGAUGUUUCUGUCAGUUCUCAGUCUGACCUCCAGGGGGCGCUGCGACAGUUUGCAUGCCCAUCAGAAGCUAACAGGUCAAAGGUCUCUUUGCAGCCGUGGCGAAAGCAGGAAAGAUAAUAUGUGAUAACAUUCAAAGUUUGAAUUGAACAUUUUACAGAAUAGACUUCUUAAAAUGUCAGGGGCUCACUGCUGCCCCCUGUGGUCACACGACAGAAGAAAGGUGUUUUCAAUUUUUUUUAAUGGAGAAAAGAUUUAAAAGACGAGGAAAUGAUUUGUUGCAACUCUUUUUAACAUCAUUAAGCAUCAUGUAUGACACUCAAGGUGCAAAGUGUGAAUAACUGUGAAUGGAGGAGAUACAGUCGUCCGUAGAUCUGUAAACAGUUUCUAUAGGACGUCUAUUUUGCUGAACGGUUGGUGUGAACUAGUCACGGCUGCAGACUGACCUGUGAUUGGCCUCCACAGAAACGGAGGCUGUGGUUGGGAUCAUCACUGCGAGCUGCAACGUUAAUCACACAGACAAAAAGCCAUGAAGCUUUGCCAAGGAUCGAAAAGUCUUCUGAAAUGUGUCGAGCAUUUUGGUUUCCACUGCAGUCCGACAAUCUGACGAGCACUUUGUUGGAACGAUCAGACGCCUUAACAUUCACAGUAGAUUCUGGUCGUUAAAUAUUGGCAUAUUUGUCACUUUUGAUAGAGCUAGCAGUUUCCCUCUGCUUCCUGUCUUUAUGCUAAGCUAGGCUAUAAACAUCCUGGACCUACUGACAGUUUGUGCUUGAUUGAUCUGUCUGUGGAGUGAUGACUGCAGCCACAGCCAAAUGCUAACUAAAAAGAAUUCAUCCACGACAAGAAGAAAUGAUUUUUUACAGUACUGAGAUGAAUCUGCUUCUUUUUCUCCGUAUGGCAUGAUGACCAGUGAAAUGUAAAAAGAAACCAGUUCAGCCAGUGACGUGUCAGGUUAGAGUCCCAGCUGAGUCGUCACACUUCAGCUGUCAGGAGUUUAAAAACUGAUUUGAAAAAGGUCUGAACUGGUUUCUAACAGAACAGAAACCCACAGCAGCAGCGGGGGGAGGGGGAGGGGGAGGGGAGGGGAGGGGAGGGGGGUGGUGAAGCCAAAUGUAAAGUAAAAACUAAAAAGCCUUAAAUGAAUAAAAGUGGUGCAAUUUUGUAACAGCAACCUGCAGCGUGGAUUUAUUCUGAUAUUUACAUUUUAGGGGCAUGUCGCCCUCUGGUGGUCAUAGCUUAAAUUACAUCAUACACAUUCACAGAGAAAUACCACAGCAGACACUUUCAAGUAUUGAUUGAUUAUUUUGUCCUAUAUUAAUUGUUUUAACGAUUUAUAGACUAAAUGUAGCAGAUAUUAAAAUAAACUGCCAAGUAAGGAAACUACGGAGGCCCUGAAGCCCCAAAAAGUCAUGAGAAACGUUAUUGGUCCCCCAUUGGAGGAAAUUAGUUUGUUACAGCAGCUAACACAGGGGGCAAAAGUAAUAAUAAUAGAACAUUAAUUCUAAUAUAAUAUAUUUUAUAACCCGCGAUAUUUAUUAUUUUAUGAGUUAUAUUAUUAUUUUUUAUUUUAGUUUCAUAAUGUCUAGAAACGUAAGGAGAUAAUUAAUAAUGUAGGUCACUAAUUUAAUUUGUAUAAAAUAAAAUCUAAGGUCGUAAAAAAUAAAGAACAGCUUACCUGUGACGUCAGAGGUAAACUGUGUGAACACGCAUGCGCAAGACACUCAGCUGCCAUGACAACGGCGGCAGCUUGUUCCUGUGACUGAAGCUGCGGGGAGGAAUGGAGCGGCUGGUUAGCAUCGCUUACCAGGUCAGUUAACUGGUUCCACUGGUUCCACGACGAACACCAGCUGCUUAACGAACACAGGGGAUCGCGCGAUGACCGAGGAGUGAGAUCUCGCGGUGUUUUGUCUGCGGUGAGAGCGACAUGACCGUCCGCUUCAAGUGUCAGAGUGAAUACCAGAAGAGCUACAGGGUGUCCAGGUCCAGAAGUGUCUCUCCUCAGCGCUGUGGCCCCUGUGGCCCCUGUGGCCCCUGCGCCGGUCUGCGCUCAGACCACCUGGGUAUCAGCAGAGAACCAGGUCUCCAGCGGCGGAAGAAGCCAGGUGGUCUGGCUCAGUCCUGCAGCUCUCUCCUCUGUCCCCCACAAUCACAGCUGACCACUGAAGCACUUAAAACAACAGCUCCCCCUGCUGCCUCCGGGAGUCGUUCCGCCCACGGGAGGGAGUCUUCUCUUCAGCCCAAACCUUCAGCACCUCUGGAUUCUGCUGCUGCAGAGCCUGAGACUCCAGCAGGACCCCGACCUGCUGCAGACCCUGAACCCUCAGUGGACCCAGAAGCUGCUGAAAAACCUGCGCAGCCCCGCCAGCGCAGCCAAUCACAACAGAGCCAACCUCUGACAGCAGCAGUUGAUGGCCAGCUGUCAUCGAGCAACGAGGUCCUGAGGGCUUUGCGGGGGAGGGCAGGGCUGAGGUCAGGAGGUCAAAGGUCAGGAGGUCAUCAGUCAGAGUACCACAGACAGUUCAGCUGGAAGAAACCUACAGCUGCUGCUUCACCACUACUGACUGCAGAACAGGUGCUUUACUCCAGCAGCAGGGCUGUGCCCCCCUUUAAGAAGAAUCCUGUCACCGUGGAAACAGAGUACCGGCGCAGCUUCCAGGGUGUUGCUCCGCCCACUGGACCUCGCCUUCGGAAACACCUGGAACAUGAGCGGGUCCCCCUGUUCCACACACACAUGAAUAACAAAAAGAGGAGGGAAGAGAAGAAGAAGCCCCGCCCCUCCCCCGUGAAGGGUGAUGCCCCGCCUCCUCCUCCUCGGGUACACAGGAGUUUCACAGAAUAUGAGUCCAGCUUUCGUUCUCCUCUCUACAGGAUCCCGGAGGAGGGCGGAGCCUCGGACGGUGACGCCCCUCAGGUGACUGAGUUGAGGCAGAAGGCUUUGUCGUACCGUCAGCGAGCCUGGGGAGCUCAUUUCUCCAGAGAUCACCUGAGUCAGCUGCGGUCCGAACACAACACCCUAUGGGAGCCGACAGACACCACCACGGACUCUAACAGUGACCCGCCCAGCCCCCCCCGCCCGACGUCUGAGCCCCGCCCUGAUGCAGACAGCUGCGGCUCGUCCCGUGUGGAGGCUCUGGACCUGAUCAGUCGCUCCACUACCUCCAGUAAAAGAUCUUCUGUUGUGGGUUCAGGAGAAACACAACACACAAACAAAAACACACAAACAGAAGCACACACACCCCCAAGUCCUACUGCUGAGAGACACACAGCCAGGGGAGAAGAAGAGGAGGAGGACGCUGACGAAGAGGAGGGACGGUUACCGACUCCCAGGCUGAAGCUUCUUCCUGUUCAGAGGACUCACCAUGACCUCACCACUCCCUCCACAGGUGGCGCUCUUCUGGUGGGGAAAGUGAAAGGUGAUGGAUCAUCUCCUCACAAACAGAGGUCUGUUUCAGCUGUUUCCAUGGCAGCGGGGGCGGAGACAGCAGUCAGCGUGCCGGACAAACCAAAGGAGGCGUGGUCAGAGAAUAGCCCCUCCCACCAUGCUUCAUUGGGUCCCUCCCCUGAGCACAGACCAGCUGCCAGUCCUCCCUCUAAACCAAUCAAAAUAAAGCAUACACUAGUAUCCUCUGCAGCCCCGCCCCCUCUAGUCCCGCCCCCUAUGCACGGUAUCCAUGGCACCCUGAGACAUCCGGACUUUCAACACAACGGUGAGCUGGGUUCAAGGUUCAGAGAGCGCCCGUGUUCAGGUGGAGGCUGCUGCUCAGAUGAAGACGACCGGCUGUCUGUGAUGUCGUGGCGCUCUGCUGCCUCCUGCUCCAUGGCGUCUGCCGUGUUGGAGCGUGCUCAGAAGAGACGGGAGAACUUCUGGGGGAAGAGAUGACCUCUGACCUCCUGACCAGAUCACAGCUGUUACCAUGGAAACAAUCGUGUUAGUCCAUCACUGUUGUACCAUGAUUAGUCAGAAUGAUGUUUUUUUUAUAGAAUUAUUUAAAUCACUGAUGAUCGUUUCUAUUCUGCAGCUCGUGAAGGUUUAAUUUUGUGUUUUUAUUAUGAAAGAUUGUUUGAGUUCCGCUCAGACUGAAGGAGGUUAAAGGUCAUCACAUGAGGAGACUCAGAACAGAUCCUCCAUUAUCUCAAGAUCUGAAAUCAUGACUCAUCACAGACUGCACGACGUUACUAAGUUAUCGUGCCCGGCGAAGGAACGCACCACCUUAUGUGACCUCAUGUGACCUCGGAUGACCUCGUGACCUCACGUGACCUAAUGUGACCUCACGUGACCUCUGGAGCUGCAGGUUAAAUUUGUGAUUCUAAAGCUUUGUGUAGAAAAACAAACGUCUGAAGAGACAACCUGUGUCGUCUGUUCUUCAGUGAGAGCUGGAGGUCAGAGGUCAGAUUGAAACUGUCAGACGUGUUUCAGGUGUCCGGCUCACCUGUACGGGUUGCAUCUUGCCGGCAGUUGCCAUGACUACAGUCCACUUAUUACUCGUCUCUCGGGGUUAUUGUCGUCACACACGACUUCCUCCCCCCUCUGAUGGUCUGUGCUGCUGUAAAUCUGAUGAGAUGAGAUCUUUGUUUGUUUUUUAUGAGCUGUUUACCUGUAACGUCUGUAAUGUUGCCGUUUAAUAAAUGAAAUCUUCAAACGCA